AUGGGCCCGCGCCGCCGGAGUCGCAAGCCCGAGGCCCCGAGGAGGCGCAGCCCGAGCCCGACCCCCGGCCCCUCCCGGCGGGGCCCCUCAGGCGCUUCCUCACGUCCACGUGGUUAUCGAAGGCAAGGUUGGCUAAAGGAGAUCCGAAACCUUCAGAAGAGCACACACCUCUUGAUAAGGAAGUACCCCUUCAGCCGCCUGGCCAGAGAAAUAUGUGUUAAAUUCACUCGUGGUGUGGACUUCAGUUGGCAAGCCCAGGCCCUAUUGGCCCUACAAGAGGCGGCAGAAGCAUUUCUAGUUCAUCUCUUUGAGGAUGCCUAUCUCCUCACCUUACAUGCCGGCCGAGUUACUCUCUUCCCAAAGGAUGUGCAACUGGCCCGGAGGAUCCGGGGCAUUGAGGAGGGACUCGGCUGAGCUCCUGUGCCCAGUGUUUCUGUCAGUCUUUUCUGUUCAGCCAGGGGGGAUGAUGCCAGGGACUCUCUGGAGCCAUGACUAGACCCAGUGGAGUCUGCGAUGCUGUCUAGACUUUGCUGUCUCUGAACAGUGUGUGCAUGUUGCUUUAAACUUUUUUUGGGGGGGAGAAGGAGAAGACUGCAUGACUUUCUCUGUAACACAGGUAAUAUAUAAGACAAUCGACAUCGUUCCUAAGGCCUGAAAAUAAUUUUCAGAUAAAGAGACUCCAAGUUUGACUUUAGUUUGUGAGUUACUCAUGUUUUGAGGAUUUUGAAACCAUCAGGUUUGUUGUGGUAUAGGAGAAAAGGAUAUGUACUUAUUAUUUUAGAUCUGUCUGUACUAUUUGCAUAUUUUACCUUAUGUACAUUUGUACUUUUAUUUUACACAUAAGGGGAAAAAUAAGAGAAGACCACUUUGAUCAGUUGCAUGGAAGGCUGGGCAUAUCCAGCAUAGACCUCUGCCCUUCAGAGUAGCCUCACCGUUAGUGGCAGCAUCAAGUGACUCAGUGGCCUGUGCUUGUCAACAGAUGUGGAGCUUUUCAGAAACUUAACUGGGGAUGAAUAGACGAUCUAUAAGCUUUGAUGUUCUGGUUCCUUCUAGUCAAUUCCUGUCAAAAUCAAUUCAGAAAUUCUAACUUGUAGGAUUUAACAUUUUACUCUUGUAAAUCAUAGAAGAGGUAUCAUGUCAGUUCAGGAUUUUAAAGUACUUUGUUGAUGCUUUUACAUGUAUUUUUGUAGUUUCUUUGUAGAGAGCUAAUAAAAAUCAAAAUAAUUAUUUAAUGAAAA